AUGUUCAACGCAAUUUGUAGUUUUGAAUGGUCUCCUGAUCCUACUGAUAUCAAACAAUUAGAUAUUCACCCAAAAGAUUAUGACAUAUCAGAUGAUAUAGUUCAGAUUAAAGGCUGUUGUUUUCCGGCAAACAUUACUUCAGAUAAUAAUGGCGUUCAAGUCUUUAAUACGAAUAAUUAUACAGGUCAUUCAUAUGUAUUCCCAUUACAUGAUAAGUACUAUGCGAUUGUAAUCUUAACAGUAUCAUUUAAACCUUGUUUGUUUACUGACUUUUUAGAAUCCGUUAAGAAGUCAUUACUUGAAGAUACCACAAGUGACUGUGAUGUGCGCUUUGGACUCAUUCGCUCAUUAUUAACAUCAUGGGAAUUAAGUUCUGAAAAACUUAUAGUUAACUAUCCAUUUAACCAAUUUACAAUCGAUUUAGCUGCAACAGAAAAUUGGACGCAAUCAUACGAUAUUUCUCCAGUCAGUUCUGCAAUAGAUCCAAUCUGGAAAUCUCUUCUUUCAAAUCAAGGAAUAUUGAUACUAGGUGCCACUGCAGAGAUAUGCUCUAAUGCUGUACUUGCUAUUUUAUCAAUUAUCGAGCCAUUGAAAUACUAUGAUCCACUUUUAAUUUAUACAAAAAGUGGAGAUCCAAGAUUUCAAGAGAUUCUUGAUGGAUCAACCAAAUACAAGCUUGUCGGAACUACUGAAGCCUUCCAACCUAAAAAAGGCCAGUUCGGAGUCGUAAUUAAUAUUCCAGACGGACAUUUUACCCCAUGUCCAGAGUUACAAAACCAGUACCAGCAAAAGACCACAAGGUUCUUCUCAGUAGUGCUAUCCGCAAUGAAUCAAGCGCUUUAUACAGAUCCAUACUUUGAUAUUCUCGAAAAACCUAUUUCAAACAUACAAACUUACACCCAGAACUCACCAUUAUUCCAGAAGCAGUUCUUUGACAGAGUAGAAAAGACUGAAACAUUCAGACACUGGAGAAAUCGCAAGAAAAUUCGAGAACAAACACGAGGGGCAUUUCUUUCGGUUCCAUCGUCAGAAGCUCUGAAAAAGCUCCCUGAUGACAAGCUCAUCGUAGCUCAGGAUGAAGUUACCCGGAUUUAUAACACUGCAAACGGGGAUCAACACUACCAAACUGUGCUGAAAAUACAUCUGAAAGCUAUUGCAAAGAGAAUCAAAGGACUUCCUGUUGUUAUUGAAUGA